AUGGAUUCAUUAAAUGAUGGUAGUUAGCCAAAGAAAAAGUACGACGUUAUCACUCCUUCAGUGCGAAUGGCUUUUAUAAAACGAGUCUAAUCAAAACAGUCAACAAUAAAGUAGGCAGCCUAAGAAUUUGGAAUUAAGUUUAGUACCUCUAAAGCUAUUUUGCAAACUUACAGAAGGGAAGGAAGAGUAGGCAAGAAGAAGACUCGCUAGAGAAGGAGUACUUGUAGAUUGGAAUCCCAACUGGAAAAACCUCAAGAAAUCAAAAAAACAAAAGAAUAGUUGGCUCCAGUUUAAUCUGCCCAAUGUUUACCAGCCGAUCUAUAAUUUCAAUCCUUAUAAUUAUAGCUAAACUAAUAAAUUUAAAUGAUGUAACUUAGUAUGUCCAUGAAUCCAUACAGGCUUCUUUAACAAACCCAAUAUUUAAACUAAUAUUUGAUGUAAUUGCAAACCCAGUAAGCAAUAAAUAUGCAAGGAUGGUAGAUGCCCUAUUAACAAUUUCAGCCUAUUCCUUAAUAAUUUGGAAAAAUUGAAGACCAAAGACAAUAUAUAACUCCAUUAUAAUCCAGCAAGUGUCUUGAUCAAAAAUAUGAUGAAGGUCGACCUACAUUAAAGAAUUUCAUUUGA